GAAGACUUCAGCCAAUCGGUCUCGUGGUCAACAUGGCCACUUAUGAACUUCUAUAGAAGGGUUUCUCCUCCUCUUGAGAAACUCUACGACAUCCCAAUGCAAGGAUGUCUGCAUGAAAUAGAAUUAAUGAAGCUCUCCUCAAGAUCCCAGCUCUUGAUGCCCUGAGGAGCCGAGAUCAGCAUGAACAAGGAGGAUGUCAAGAGCAGACUCUUUGUCAUCCGACGAAACACCAGGCAGAGAUGGAGAGAGGCAAGCGGAGGGUUCUGAGAAAGUGAGAGGAGAGUCAAGUGCCAGCCCAGGAAGGGCUCCGGCUGCUUCCACGCAGAUCAGGGGACCUUCCAGUAACGCCGAAGAGGCCCCAGUGGGCUCCAUCCAGGUCCAAGGGGCCGCGGGGAAGAGGGUCACGGGCUCCCUGCACCUCAAGGGAGGGAACAAUCCCUUGAUGGGCUCCGUGCAGAUCAGCGGGCCUUCGAAGGAUGGCGAGCAGGGGGCGGCGGGGGGCAACAUGCAGGUCCCGGGGAGCCCAGGUGGCCACGCCGAGAAGAGCUUCACCGGUUGCAUGCAGCUCCAAGUGGGGAACAACCCCUUGGUGGGGACCAUGCAGAUCAGAGGACCUUCCAGUGACGGCAAGGAGACGGCACUGGCUUCCAUGCAGGUCCAAGGGAAGGCAGGGGAGAGAAUCACCGGGUGCAUGAGCCUCACCAGCGGGAAGACCUUGACGGGCUCCAUGCAGGUCAACGGACCUCACUGGGAAGAGACAACCUUGGCGGAUUGUGCGCAGGUCACAGGAGCACCAAGGGACCAGGGUCCAAAGAAAGAGGAAGAAUGCAAACAGAUCCUGGCUUGCCAGAAAUCCAACUCCCAGUCGGAUUCGCACGACGAUGAAAUCUCUCCUCCGCCUCCGAACCCGGCGGUCAAGGCGCGGCACCGAAGGGGGGGAGUCAGCGCCGAAGUCUACACCGAAGAGGAUGCCGUUUCUUACGUCAGGAAGGUCAUUCCCAAGGACUAUAAAACGAUGACCGCUUUGGCCAAGGCCAUCUCCAAAAAUGUCCUCUUUGCUCACCUGGAUGACAACGAGAGAAGUGACAUCUUUGAUGCCAUGUUCCCUGUGACACACAUUGCUGGAGAGAUUGUCAUACAACAAGGUGAUGAAGGAGACAACUUCUAUGUGAUCGAUCAAGGAGAAGUGGAUGUGUAUGUCAACGGAGAAUGGGUGACCAGCAUUGGAGAAGGAGGCAGCUUCGGGGAGCUUGCGCUCAUCUACGGGACGCCACGCGCUGCGACCGUCAAAGCCAAGACCGACCUCAAGCUCUGGGGCAUCGACCGGGAUAGCUACAGGCGCAUAUUAAUGGGCAGCACGCUGAGGAAACGGAAGAUGUACGAAAAGUUCCUCAGCAAGGUCUCCAUCCUGGAGUCGCUGGAAAAAUGGGAGCGGCUGACGGUGGCCGAUGCGCUAGAGCCAGUCCAGUUUGAAGACGGAGAGAAGAUUGUGGUCCAGGGGCAGCCGGGGGAUGACUUUUUCAUCAUCACCGAGGGCACGGCAUCUGUCCUUCAGCGUCGAUCUGAUAAGGAGGAGUAUGUGGAAGUCGGGCGGCUUGGACCAUCCGAUUAUUUUGGUGAAAUCGCCCUCCUGCUCAACCGGCCCCGGGCUGCCACGGUGGUGGCCCGAGGGCCCCUGAAGUGCGUCAAGCUGGACCGCCCGCGCUUUGAGCGGGUCCUGGGCCCCUGCUCGGAGAUCCUCAAGAGGAACAUCCAGAGAUACAACAGCUUCAUCUCCCUCACCGUUUAAGAGCCCCAGCCCCACUCCUUUGCGUUAAAGUGUCUGCACUUGAAUCUCCACCCAUGUGCCGUUCCAUAGCUUUACGACACCAUUGAGAGAGGGUCACGUUUUGUGUAUGUUUUCCAAGUUUUCACGUCAGGUGUGCUGGGUGUCCAAAGGGGUAGAUACUGGUGGAGAUCUGGGUGGAAGUGGCACUCGGACACUGUUGGGAGCACUCGACAGUGUCCGUCACCCGCUACCCGACUCCGCAUUAAUUGUGCCAUUUUCAAGCUUGGUGUCUCUUCCGCAUCUUAUUUAUUUCCACUAGUUGUGCUGAAAGUCACUCCUACCUGUGUUUCGUGAAACUGGAACAACAUUCCCACCUCACGGUGAAGCCCUCCAGAUGUUGUCUAAUGAUGUGUCCCAUUAUUCCUCGCUACUCUGGAUCGUUUCCAGAAAGUGGAAAUGUGGGUUUUCCUUUUGGACUACGAUUCCCAGCCAUUCAGGUUGAAACCAUCUAAGCCCUGGAUCAUCCUGGUGGAACUUGGAGUCCAGAAGUCUAGGGGGUCGUGGGGAAAAAGAUGGUGGCCACCAAGUCCUUUGUGACAAAAGGGUGAACUACAACUCCCAGAUUCCCAGGGCAAUCACUCCCAAACCCUGACAGUAUUUGCAGUUGGCCAUGUUGGGUCUGUGUGCCAAGUUUGGUCCAGAUCGGACGUCAGCUGGGUUCAGGGCUCUCUGGAUACGGGUGAACUAAAACUCCCAAAAUCAAGGUCCAUCCCCCUAAACCUCUGCAGUAUGUUCAGUUGGGUGGGGGUCACUGUUCCUCUGGAUGUAGGUGAACUAUAACUCCCAAAAUCAAAGUCCAUUUCCAUUAACCCCUGCAGUAUGUUGAGUUGGUCAUGAGGAUGCCUGCCACAGAUGUGGGCAAAACGUCAGGAGAAAAAGCUUCCAGAACUUGGCCAUACAGCCCAAAAGACUCACAGCAACCCAGUAAAUCAGGACUGUUGAUUUCAGUGGGAAGGCCUGGUUUGUUUCUGGAUUGCACCCAUUCUUGUACAGCCCCACAUCCCCAUUGUUUGUCCAUCAGCAUAUUGGAAUUAUUGUUGUGCAUGUUCCAGGAAAUCAGCAGCAAGGUGGACCACCGAAAUUCAUUCUGUGGAAGUGAAGCAAGUGUUGUUCUAUUGUGUUUUUCAAGAUUACUGACUGGGCUGAAAUUAUGAAUUAAUAAAACUCUUGGAACAAAC